AUGAUGUUGUUUCGGUUGCCAACGCUUGGAUCCCAGCGACUCAUCAAAUCUGCCGCCAUUCGGGACACCGAGGAUGCCCCCAUAAGGGGUGAUUCAUCUAAGACUCCCCCUAACUCCACAUGUGCCCUUAACUUGGGAUCAGGGGAUUGUUCACCUUUUGGGGUGAUGUUUAACAAGAUAGGAGAGUGA